CAGGUCUCGGGCCCUCAGGCGGAACGGCGGGCGCCGGACCCUCAGGUGGAGCGACAGGUCUCGGGCCCUCAGGCGGAGCGGCGGGCGCCGGACCCCCAGGCGGAGCGACAGGUCUCGGGCCCUCAGGCGGAGCGGCGGGCGCCGGACCCCCAGGCGGAGCGGCAGGUCUCGGGCCCCCAGGCGAAGUGGCGGGCACCGAGUCACCAGGGCACGACAGUGGGCUCCGAGUCAACUGGCAUGACCGCUGGCACUGGGUCAGACAUUGGAUCGUCUGACUGGACAGCGGGCAUCGGGUCACCAGGCAUCAAGUCAUUUGGCUCGACAGCGAGCACCGCGUCAUCUGGCAAGGCAGUGGGCUCCGAGUCAACUGGCAUGACCGCGGGCACUGGGUCAGACAUUGGAUCGUCUGACUGGACAGCGGGCAUCGGGUCACCAGGCAUCAAGUCAUUUGGCUCGACAGCGAGCACCGCGUCAUCUGGCAAGGCAGUGGGC